CUCUAGCGCGUCGACCCCCUUGGCUGUAAACGGCAUGGCAAGCGCGAAAGAGGGCCUGCGGCAACGCGCCGUCAACGGAAAUGGCAACAGCAAUGGCCUCCAGGUCAGCCGGGUCGUCGUACCCACCGCCGAGGGCAAGAAGAAGGAUGAGGAGCUGGACAAGCACACCGACUACGAAUUUGGCGGCCCAUGGGGCGUGCUCGCCAUCAUGACAGGCUUCCCGAUAUUGAUGUACUACCUGUGGAUCUGUCUCGUGUUCUACGAUGGACAGCUCGUGCGCCCUACCUCCGUCGACGACAUCCAGCCUUUCCUAUGGCGCAUGUGGGAACAUAUCCGUGUGGACGCCAGCCCGAACGCGUACGCGUGGAAGGUGUACACCGGCCUCAUUGUCUACCAGCUCUUCCUCGCCUGGGUCUUGCCCGGCUACAUGCAGGAAGGCCUCCCGGUACCCUCGCUCAACUACCGCACGCUCAUGUACAAGUGCAACGCGAUCAGCUGCAUUUACGCGACCAUGGCCACCGCCGCGGUCCUGCACUACACUGAGAUCUUCCGCCUGACGGAGAUUAUCGACAACUUCGGCCACCUUAUGACGGUCGCGAUGAUUUACGGCUUCGGCGUGUCGUUCUUCAUGUACUUCAUCACCGUCGCGACCGGGAACCAGAUCCGCAUGUCUGGCAACUUCAUCUACGAUGUCUUCAUGGGUGCGGUCCUCAACCCCCGUAUUGGCCCCAUUGACCUCAAGAUGUGGCUUGAGGUCCGCAUUCCCUGGGUCAUCGUCUUCAUGAUGUCCGUCUCGGGCGCGUGCAAGCAGUACGAGACGUAUGGCUACGUUACCCCUAACAUGGCGUUCAUGUGCCUGGCCACUUGGCUCUACCUGAACGCGUGCGGCAAGGGUGAGGAGUGCAUUCCUCAGACCUGGGACAUGUUCCACGAGAAGUGGGGUUUUCUCGUCAUCUUCUGGAACUUCGCUGGCGUACCCUUCUCGUACAUUUAUUCAGUCGUCUACAUGGCCAGCCACGACCCUUCCAACUACCGCUUCUCGACCGUGACCUACAUCGCCCUCUACACGACACUUCUUACCGCGUACUUCAUCUGGGACACUUCCAUGUCGCAGAAGAGUCGAUUCAAGAUGCAGUCGCAGGGUAUCACGACGUACCGCAAGACGUUCCCGCAGCUGCCAUGGGGCACGCUCAAGAACCCCACGUUCAUCCAGACCGCGCACGGCAACCGUCUCCUCACCGAUGGCUGGUGGGCGUACUCGCGCAAGCCGAACUAUGUCGCGGACUGGACCAUGAGUCUCACAUGGGGUCUCUGCCAGGGCCUGUGCUCCCCCAUACCGUACUUCUACUCCGUAUUCUUCAUCGCUGUCCUCAUCCACCGUUGCGGACGCGACUUCGAGAGGUGCGCGAUCAAGUACGGAAAAGACUGGGAGAAGUACUGCUCGAUCGUGAAGUACAAGUUCGUCCCGGGCGUGUACUGAGCUCGACCUACCUACUCUCGCAUGUCAUUGCUAGCCAUGUAUAUACCCGUAGACAAAAGGGGCCUUUGCGAAGGCAUGAUAGAUGCAUCGUGGAAAACCUAAUACUACUCAAUCUCGAU